CACCACCUUCCUCUCUGCAUUCUCUCUCCCACACACACCCGCUCAGCUUCAAAAAUACCCUCCCGGACUCAAUUCGCGCCAUGGCUUCCGGACUCCCCGCCAAUGUCCACGUCUCGCGGCACCCGUGUCUCAAGGCCAAGCUCUCCCAGCUCCGCUCACAAUCGACGGGGACCCGCGAUGUACAGUCACUCGUUCACGAUAUCGCUUCCAUGGUGGGAUAUGAAGCUCUAGCCGGAGGCCUAGAGACAAAGGAGGACGGCACCGACAAAUCCCCCCUCGACUACGAAUACACCCGCACGACCAUCGCGCCCUCGCUCAUCUCCCUCGUCCCAAUCCUGCGCUCCGGCCUCAGCAUGGUGCCCGCCCUCUCCGCCCUGCUCCCCUUCCCCGUCCCCGUGCACCACCUGGGCCUCUACCGCGAGAAAACCACGCUGCAGCCCGUCGAGUACUACAACAACCUGCCCUACCACUCGCAGUCGUCCACCGCGCCCUCCGCCACCAACACGCCCAACCCCCUGAACCCCUCGCACCACGCCCCGGGCCCCGCCGAGCUGGCGAUUAUCGUGGAUCCCAUCAUCGCGACGGGCGCGACGGCGUGCGCGGCGAUUGAGACGCUGAGGGAUUGGGGAGUGGACAGGAUUAUUAUGGUGAGUGUGCUGGGCAGCGAGGCGGGGUUGAAGAGGGCGGCGGGGGAGUGGGAGGGGGUCGAGAUUUGGGUCGGGGGUGUGGAUCCGGAGGUGGAUGCGAGGGGGAUGAUUAAGCCGGGUUUGGGGGAUGUGGGGGAUAGGCUGUAUUUGACUAUUGGGAAGUAG